AUGCUGUUCUGGCAUACGCAGCCCGAACACUACAACCAACACAACUCUGGCAGCUACCUGCGUGAUGUGCUGGCUCUGCCCAUCUUCAAGCAGGAGGAGCCACAACUAUCUCCUGAGAAUGGGGCCCGCCUGCCACCCUUGCAGUAUGUGCUGUGUGCUGCCACCUCCCCAGCUGUGAAGCUACAUGAAGAGACCUUGACAUACCUCAAUCAAGGUCAGUCAUAUGAAAUCCGACUGCUGGAGAAUCGGAAGCUAGGGGACUUCCAAGAUCUGAACACGAAAUACGUGAAGAGUAUCAUCCGUGUAGUUUUCCAUGACCGCCGGCUACAGUACACAGAGCACCAGCAGUUGGAGGGCUGGCGGUGGAGCAGGCCUGGGGACCGCAUCCUGGACAUUGAUGUUCCACUGUCUGUUGGUAUCUUGGACCCCAGGGCCAGCCCAACCCAACUGAACGCCGUGGAGUUUUUGUGGGAUCCGGCAAAGAGAGCAUCUGCAUUCAUUCAGGUGCACUGUAUCAGCACAGAAUUCACCCCCAGGAAGCAUGGGGGCGAGAAAGGAGUGCCUUUUCGGGUGCAGAUCGACACGUUUAAGCAGAACGAGAAUGGGGAAUACACGGAGCACCUCCACUCUGCCAGCUGCCAGAUCAAGGUGUUCAAGCCAAAGGGAGCUGACCGGAAACAGAAAACCGACCGGGAAAAGAUGGAAAAAAGAACAGCUCAGGAGAAGGAGAAGUACCAGCCAUCCUAUGAAACCACCAUCCUCACUGAGUGCUCUCCGUGGCCUGAUGUAGCCUACCAGGUGAACAGUGCUCCAUCCCCAAGCUAUAAUGGCUCUCCCAACAGCUUUGGCCUCGGUGAAGGCAACAGCUCACCUACGCACCCAGUGGAGCCCUUACCCCUGGGCAGUGAUCACCUGCUCCCCUCAGCCUCUAUCCAGGAUGCCCAGCAGUGGCUGCACCGCAACCGCUUCUCACAGUUCUGCCGGCUCUUCGCCAGCUUCUCGGGUGCUGACCUGCUGAAAAUGUCUAGAGAUGAUUUGGUCCAGGUUUGUGGCCCUGCGGAUGGGAUUCGACUCUUCAAUGCCAUCAAAGGCAGGAAUGUGAGGCCAAAGAUGACCAUCUAUGUCUGUCAGGAGAUGGAGCAGAAUCGACUACCCUUGCCGCAGGAGCAGGAUGGCAGCAGGGACAAUAGCCUGUGUGUGUACCACGCCAUCUUCCUGGAAGAGCUGACCACCCUGGAGCUGAUCGAGAAGAUCGCCAGCCUGUACAGCAUGCCCCCGCAGCACAUCCACCGGGUUUAUCGGCAGGGCCCCACUGGCAUCCAUGUGGUGGUGAGCAAUGAGAUGGUUCAGAAUUUCCAAGAUGAGUCUUGCUUUAUGCUCAGCACGUUGAAAGCAGAGAGCAAUGACGGCUACCACAUCAUCCUGAAGUGUGGACUCUGA